AUGAAGGGCUCCAAGGGCGUCGAGAACCCGGCUUUCGUCCCCAGCCCGGACACUCCGCGCCGCUCCUCCGCAUCGCCAUCCCAGGUCGACGUGUCUGCCUCGUCCUCCGUCCCCCGGAGAGAGGAUUCUCAGCUACCGGAGCCCCAGGAGCCCCAGAAGUCACCUGAGCCCCCUCCGCUUUCAGCAGCGGCCCAGGUCUCCCAGGAGCAGCCCGGGCCACAGCUGCUGUCGGAGCUCGGGGAGGGGCCGUGCGGCUGGGGAAGCUUCCACCCGCGGUGUCUGCAGCGCUGCAACACGCCGCGAGGCUUCCUGCUGCACUACUGCCUGCUGGCCCUCACGCAAGGUAUUGUAGUUAAUGGCCUAGUAAAUAUUAGUAUUUCCACCAUUGAGAAGCGUUAUGAGAUGAAGAGUUCGCUGACUGGCCUCAUCUCAUCCAGCUACGACAUUGCGUUCUGUGUGCUGUCUCUGUUUGUCUCUUUCUUUGGGGAGAGAGGACACAAGCCCAGAUGGCUCGCCUUCGCAUCCUUCAUGAUAGGCCUGGGAGCACUUGUAUUUUCCUUGCCACAAUUUUUCAGUGGAGAAUAUCAGCUGGGGUCCAUUAUCGAAGACAGCUGCUUAAGAACGAGGAACAGUACGGGCUGCACCUCUUCAGCUUCUUCUCUUUCUAACUACUUGUACGUCUUCAUCUUGGGACAACUGUUGCUGGGGACGGGCGGGACUCCUCUCUACACCCUGGGGACAGCCUUCAUUGACGACUCUGUGCCCACACACAAGUCCUCUCUCUACAUAGGGAUCGGCUACUCCAUGUCCAUCUUGGGUCCUGCUAUCGGCUACGUGCUGGGAGGACAACUGCUCACCUUGUACAUUGAUGUCGCUAUGGGACACAGCCCUGACGUCUCUGAGGAUGAUCCCCGGUGGCUGGGAGCUUGGUGGAUUGGGUUUCUUUUAUCUUGGAUCUUCGCUUGGUCUUUGAUAAUACCUUUUUCUUGCUUUCCAAAACAUAUACCAGGUACAGCAAAAAUUCAAGCUGGAAAAAUUUCCCAAGCUCAUCAGAAUAAGAGUGUAUCCUUGCAUCAUACAGACGAGAAAUUUGGAAAAAGUAUUAAAGAUUUUCCGGCUGCACUGAAGAAUUUGAUGAAGAAUACUGUCUUUGUAUGUUUAGUUUUAUCAAGUUCUUCAGAAGCAUUAGUUACUACUGGAUUUGCUACAUUUUUACCAAAAUUUAUAGAAAAUCAAUUUGGGUUGACAUCCAGCUUUGCAGCCACCCUUGGAGGGGCUGUUUUAAUUCCUGGAGCUGCUCUUGGGCAGAUUUUAGGUGGUUUCUUCGUUUCAAAAUUCAAACUGGCAUGUAAAAAUACAAUGAAGUUUGCACUGUUCUCAUCUGGAGUUGCAUUUCUGCUGAGUUUUGUAUUUAUUUAUGCCUACUGUGAAAAUGAGCCAUUUGCUGGUGUGUCAGAAUCAUAUAACGGGACAGGAGAACUGGGGAGUUUGACAGCCCCUUGUAAUGCCAAUUGCAGCUGUCUGCGCUCGUAUUAUUAUCCUCUCUGCGGAGAAGACGGAGUCCAGUAUUUUUCUCCCUGCUUUGCAGGUUGUUUAAACUCAGUUUCAGAAAAGAAACCAAAGAUGUAUUACAAUUGUUCCUGUAUUGAGAAGAGAACAGAAGUAGCAUCUGCUGCAGAGACUUUAGGUUUUGAAGCUAAAGCUGGAAAGUGUGCGGCUCGCUGUGCAAACCUGCCUGCGUUUCUUGGCAUUUUCCUUGUUACCGUCGUCUUUACAUUUAUGGCUGGUACUCCCACGACCGUGUCCAUCCUGAGGUGUGUUGAUCACAGGCAGCGGUCUCUGGCAUUGGGAAUUCAGUUUAUGUUGCUUCGAGUAUUUGGCACAAUACCUGGACCGAUUAUAUUUGGCCUCACAAUAGACAGCACCUGUACCCUAUGGGAUGUUAAUGAAUGUGGAAUCAAGGGGGCCUGCUGGAUUUAUGACAACAUCAAGAUGGCCCACAUGCUAGUAGCCAUAAGUGUCACUUGUAAAAUUAUCACCAUUUUCUUCAAUGGGUUUGCAAUCUUUCUGUAUAAACCACCACCACCAGGCACAGAUGUGUCCUUUGAAUGCCAGAAUGCAGCUGUGACGACUGUUUCAGCACGAUCGGAUCUCAGCAAAGGAGGAAAAGAACGGUGAAAUACAAACAGACAGUUUUGAAAAUUCACCUCCAUUUCAAAGAACGUUCUUUGCCAUGGCAGCAUUAUUGACCCAAUAUAAACAAUAAUAUUUUAAAAAUAUGUUUUAUAAUCAAAGGCAUUUUUAUAUAUGUGUGGACACAUUUGUUUUUUUUUAAUACAAAAUACAGACCUGUGCCUUCAAAGACCACCAAAAGCCUCAACACACAUAUACACGUGCACAUACACAGAACACACACGUGCACACGCACAGA